AGAAACUCUCCUCUCGUCUCCUGUCAAUGAAUGCGUUCGGGCGCGCGCACUUCCGCCGCCCCGCCCGCGAGAGACCGGAGCGUCUGAUCUUUGUCCUACGUAAGACAGUCGCUCCGCCUCGCUAUCCUAUCGGACCGUUUCUCUUAAUGCAUCCAUUUUUGUGCAUUCAAGAAAUCUCUUGGAGUUAGCGGCAACCAGGAGGGAAUCGAGGUAAAGGUGGCGGAAAGAAGACGCUGAUACGCGGAAUAAGGGAUCGCGGGCCCUGUCAUAGGACGAUACGCGAAAGCUCUCCAUAAGCAGCCAUGGGUUAGACUGCAUCUACCAUGAUUGCGAAAUAAAAGCCCCCGCACCUGAAAAAUGUCUGCAAGGGGUGGCCCGGCCGCAUCCCCUGCGGCUCCCGCCCAACCGGACAUGCCGGACCUGAGCCACCUCACCGAGGAGGAGAGGAAGAUCAUCCUCUCGGUCAUGGACCGCCAGAAGAAAGAGGAGGAAAAGGAGCAGUCAAUGUUAAAGGAACCUCCUAAGGAAGACACAAAGCCUCAGCCAUCUCAGUGGAACCCAUUCAGUGGAAUCACUGAGUUGGUUAGUAAUGUGCUUCAAACCCAGACAAAGUCCCCCAGUGAGGAGGAGCCAAAGGCAAAGUUGCACCAGCAGUUUGAGAUGUAUAAGGAUCAGGUGAAGAAGAUCGGGGAAGAAACCCAGAAGAAUCCUGAGCAGAAGAGCGACUCGCCCAUCUGUGGGAUCUGCCACAAAACCAAGUUUGCCGAUGGCUGCGGCCGCGUCUGUUCUUAUUGCCAAACUAAGUUCUGUGCCCGCUGCGGAGGACGUGUAUCACUUCGAUCCAACAAAGUUAUGUGGGUAUGCAACCUGUGCCGAAAACAACAAGAAAUCCUCACCAAGUCGGGAGCGUGGUUCUACAGUGGUUCUGAAGGGUCCAGAUCCGGGUCCCGGGCCAAAGUGAGGGGAGGACCAGUCAGAGCGAGCAAGGACCCUCUCAGAAACGGCUCAGGGUUCCCGACAGACAGAAAAAGAAGCCCAUCAGCAUCCAGGGAUCCAAACGCGGCAUAUAACCAAAGGGAGGGGGAAGGAGGAUUGCAGUAUGCCCCGGCUGAAGGUGGCAUGCCCCGCUCACCGUCCGACUACGGACGGGACCCUGGCCGAUCACCGAGGAGUUCAAGGAUGUACGACGAGGUGGGAGGAUAUCGAGACAGUCGAGGGCGCUGGCACUCGCAGGGCCAGCGUUUGGAUGGCCAGUUAGAUGACUAUGAACUCCAGAGGCGUCGUGAGGAGGAGUACCAGGCUCAAUAUCGCAGCGAUCCUAACUUGGCACGCUACCCGGUCAAACCCCAACCCUACGAGGAGCAGAUGCGCAUCCAUGCACAGGUAUCACGGGCUCGGCACGAACGUCGCCAUAGCGACGCAUCGCUUGCCUAUACGGAAUUCGACGAGCCUCUGCAUGGCCCUAGAGGACGGCAGUCUCGGGUCCCUUUUUUGGGAGGCCCGAGUCAACGCUCAUACUCGGUGGACAGGAGCUCACCGGUACAUCGCACGUCCAAUCACAGCCCACCGACACCACAUCGUAGCCCGUUGCUGGGCGACAGUUGGCGAGGCGUUGGGGAUCCGUCGAGAAAACCUAUACCCCAGCAACACCACUUGGAUCCUAGCUCAGCCAUGCGCAGGAACAAAAUGGAUAGCAUGCUACGAAACGACUCGCUAAGCUCGGACCAAUCAGAGUCGGUUCGACCUCCUCCGCCUAGACCCCACCGCAGCAGACGCAUUGGAAAGCUCAGGACCAUGGGUAGCUUCAGUAGCUCAGAGGAGGAGCUGGCCACCACGCCUGAGUACACCAGUUGUGAGGACGUGGAGCUGGAAAGUGAGUCCAUCAGUGAAAAAGGCCACAUUCAAAGGGGAAAAAGAAAAACAAUUGAGCAGACAUAUUUUUCGGACGCCAAUUAUGCCCCGUCCGAGAGGCAAAAGGCAGUGGUGCGAUUUUGGGACCGUUGCCACGAGGAGGACGCCGAGUGGUGCGAGCCCCAGGUGAAAGAUUCAGGGGUUGACACGUGCAGUAGCACCACGCUAAACGAGGAGCAUAGCCAUAGCGACAAGCACCCGGUGACAUGGCAACAGUCCAAAGAUGGAGAGCGCCUAAUAGGGCGGAUAGUACUAAACAAACGGAUGAAAGAUGGCACAGUGCCCAGAGACACAGGCGCACUGCUGGGCCUCAAGGUGGUGGGUGGGAAGAUGACAGAGUCUGGGAGACUGUGUGCUUUCAUCACAAAGGUGAAGAAAGGAAGUCUAGCAGAUACCGUCGGUCAUCUCCGACCAGGUGAUCAGGUUCUGGAGUGGAACGGCAGGGUCUUGCAAGGAGCCACAUUCAAGGAAGUUUACAAUAUUAUUCUAGAGUCCAAACCGGAGCCCCAGGUGGAGCUGGUGGUCUCACGCCCGAUUGGAGAUGUCUCUAGAAUACCCGAGAGCACACAUGGACAACUUGAAUCAAGUUCAAGUUCCUUUGAAUCCCAGAAAAUGGGCCCUUCUAUCUCUGUCACGUCCCCCAUGAGUCCUGGCAUUCUCCGGGACACCCCUCAGUAUCUGUCCGGACAGCUCUCGAGCCCAUGCCUUAGUAGAAGAACCACGCCUUUUGUCCCUAGGGUUCAGGUAAAACUGUGGUACGAUAAAGUGGGACAUCAACUCAUUGUUACAAUCCUGGGAGCCAAAGACCUGCCUGCACGGGAAGAUGGGCGGCCUAGGAACCCCUAUGUAAAAAUCUACUUCCUCCCAGACAGAAGUGACAAAAGCAAGAGAAGGACAAAAACAGUGAAGAAAUCCCUCGAGCCCAAGUGGAACCAGACGUUUAUGUACUCCCCAGUACACAGACGAGAGUUCAGAGAGCGUAUGCUGGAGAUCACGCUAUGGGACCAGGCCAGGGUGCGAGAGGAGGAGAGCGAGUUCCUUGGAGAGAUUCUGAUAGAGCUGGAGACGGCACUGUUAGAUGAUCAGCAUCACUGGUAUAAGCUACAAACACACGACCUGUCUUCUAUGCCGCUGCCCAACCCAUCCCCUUACAUGCAGAGACGCCUUCUACAUGGAGAAAGCCCAACACGCAGGUUACAAAACAAGGGGCCGUAUUAUUACAACUCAGGGUCUCAGAGAAUCAGUGACAGCGAGUUCUCUGAUUAUGACUGUGAAGACGGGAUCGGUGUUAUCUCAGAUUACCGACAUAAUGGCAGGGAUUUCCAGAGCUCAACGCUGUCUGUACCUGAGCAGGUUAUGUCGUCCAAUCACUGUUCACGAUCUGACAUUAUUCGCACACGGUCACGGUCCCCCAGCGUUCCUCCACCACAGAGCCGAAGUUUAGAUCAUGGUGUGAGAGGAGGACCAUCAAAUUACGGCCCCCGUCAUCGACUGUCUGAGGACCGAUAUUCUCCAGACAGGUACAGCCGCAGUAUGGUGGACAGGCAUGACCAUUACAGGUCCAGGUCGGCCGACCAGCGGCCCAUGAUGGAGCGUCCGGUCUACACCCGCUCCCGCUCGUCCGAGCGGCCCGACUCCGGCUACAUGCGAUCCAUGCCAUCCUUACCGUCAAGGAGAUCAGCCCCCCCCUCUCCCGCCCUAACGAGGGCAAACCCACGCACCGGAUCAGUCCAAACCAGUCCCACCAGUACGCCAGUGUCGGGUCGGAGAGGUCGGCAGUUACCGCAGAUCCCACCGAAGGGUUCCAUGGACAGAAUAGAUGGCGAAGGCAUGACUGAGCCUUAUGAAGCAGUGGGAGGGGCUUCACAAUCCCCAGCCCCGCCUCCUACACCUCCCCAAAUCACUCAAACAAUGUCUGCUCAAUUGGGAAUGGAGUCUCCUGUCCCUGGUCCUGCCAUUGCACAUGCCACUGCCCAUGCCCCUGUUCCCCCUCCUGCCCCUGCUCCUCCUCUCACACAUGCCACUCCCCCUCCUGCUCCUCCCCCUGUUCCAACCCCUCCUACUCCCACAACAUCAUCAGCCCCACCUGCUGGCCAACAGGCUUCUGUGUCAGGCAUUUUAAAGGAUCCAUCAAGGCGAGGAACGGACAAUCUAUCCAUGAGAUCAUCGGACAGCGAUGUAAGCGACGUGUCCGCUAUGUCGAGUGCGUCUCGGCUUAGCAGCACGAGUUACAUGUCUGUCCAGUCAGAAAGAGCUCGGGCCAAUCGCAAGAUCAGUGAGUUUACGUCUAAAAUGAAACACAGGGCUCAAACAGCCACACCUGGUUCCAACAUCACCAAGAGUUCCAGCGUCGGUGGAGACAUGUGUUCACUGGGUAGAAAUGACGAUGAGGAUGAUGACAAGAAGAGGCGCUCCAGUUUUGGGGCAAAGAUGGCCGCCAUGGUGGGACUUGGGAAGAAAAGCCAAAGUACUUCUCAGCUGGACCCAGAGGAGGAGGGUAAAAAGAAGAAGCCUGUGCGUCUGGCAAUCCAGCGGAGCGUGGAGACAGGUUUAGCAAUCGAAAUGAAGAACAGAAUGACGCGCCAGCCCAGUCGAGAGACCACAGACGAUGGUGAAAAGGCAAAACCUGGAAAUCUCAUCUUUCCUGGAGUGAAGCUUUCCUCAGACAGCCAGUUUACAGAGUUUUUGGAUGGUCUUGGGCCCGCCCAGCUGGCAGGGAGGCAGACACUGGCCACACCCCCGAUGGGAGACAUCCAGAUUGGUAUGGUGCACAGGAAGGAGAGGCUGGACGUGGAAGUUAUUCGGGCUAGAGGCCUAGUGGGCAAACCAGGCAACAAACAGACGCCAGCACCCUAUGUAAAAGUGUACCUGUUAGACAAUGGGAAAUGUAUCAACAAAAAGAAAACCCGGACAGCAAGAAAAACACUGGAUCCUCUCUACCAACAGCAGCUUCAGUUUGAGGAGAAUCCCGAGGGAAAGGUUUUACAGAUUAUUGUUUGGGGGGACUAUGGGCGCAUGGACCACAAAUCAUUCAUGGGAGCAGCCCAGAUCUUAUUGGACGAUUUAGAGCUAACCAACAUGGUGAUUGGCUGGUACAAGCUCUUUCCUCCCACCUCCUUGGUGGAUCCUACCUUGGCACCUUUAACUAGUAGACCUCCAGAAUCAGGCCUGGAGAGCUCCGGCGUUCGGUCAUAGCGGCACGAGCAGCUGAGCUGUGGAGAGCGGCGUGAGUAGCUCCAGCUACAGACAGAGAGAAAAGCGCCUCGACGGGUCACGUCCUGGUUACACUGCAUGCUUGAUGUUGUGUCCUCUGAGCCCGUACGACGAGAGGCUGCGAAAACGGCCUGCGUACUUCUGCCAAAAAAAAGAAGAAAAGAAAACAGUAUGCUGCUGUCACACGCAGGGAAAUAAAGCCACAAGACGUCUCCGUUCUGCUAAAGAGAUGCAGCCAGCGGUACACGGCCGAGUUCUGACUCUUUACACGACGGAUGGAGGAGAACAUUAGGAGAGCUGGAAAAGAAGAAUGACACCUUUCUUCUUUGGCUCUUUCAUUCCAAGAGAUGUCAGUGUUUCUUACCUAAAACUUGUUGCAUUGUAGCCAUUACAGUGAGCCAAGCCCCAAAAAUAAGCUCUUGGCUAAGGAAAGAUGAUGUCCACCUGAGAAUGCAUAUUCUGAAUACUCAGACAAGCCAGAUCUCCGUGUGAUCUUUGCAGUUUGGUGAUGAGAAAAAUGGAUAUGCCAGAUUUCGCGUUUGAUUCAGGACGACAGAAUUAUAAAAGAAAUGUAUGGACCUUUUCGUGCUCUGGUAUGAUGUUCUUUGUUGAUGUACUGUAUGAAAUUCCAUGAAUUUUUUUUUCGUUUCUUUUUUUGCAUGGAUGCAAUUUGUUUUAAAACAAAAAAAAAACAAAACAAUGUUAUUUUCCUCAAGGCUGCAACUUGCAAAAAAAGAAUAAUAUAAAAGAAAAAUAUUUAAGGAUGAACAGAUCAGCCAUUUUCAACAUUUGUAUUAUUUUUAAUAUGAAGUUCUCUAGUGCAUGGUUUUCGAACAGACUGAAUGCAACAUGAUAAGAAGUGAUUGUCAUCCUUUAGACUAUUCUUCUGUAUUUUUACAGAUCUCAGAUACAGGUGUGGCCUGGGAGACUUUGCUAUGUCAUAUUAUGAAAAAAGCAAUCGAGAAAACAAGAGAUGGUCGAGGAAACUCAAUAAAUGUACAAUAUUCAUUGCGAUGUAAAGGGCCCGAGCCUUAAAUGUAACAUUAUAUGAAAAUUGUACAUUUCCACCUUCGAAAGCAGCCAUGAUUGUGUACGUGUGGAGACAGAGAUGGGUCUGUUACACUAGCUGAAUGGCUCGUUCAUUUUAAAGCAAGCAUGUCGAAAGGGUCUGCAACAUGGAUCGAGCACACUGUCUGAGUAAUACAGCAUGUUUUGAUAGAGACAUCUGGGAUUUUUGUGUACAGUGCAUGUGGACCAGAGGCUCGGCCAUGCCCCGAUCUGACGUCAUCCACGGAUUCAGGUCGAGGUUUCGCGGCUGACGGUUCAGACAUUCGAUGCAACAUUCCACCUCUUGGCACUCAUGUUUUCUUGACGUUUUGAAAAGGAAAAAAGAAAAUCAAACAGACAAAAGAAAAAAACAUGGGAAUAAGCAAAGAAGAAAAUUUAUAUUUAUUCAAGGUUUACUUGGAAAAAAUUGCAAGUAUAUUUUAUUUUAUUAUUGUUAUAAAGAAAAUGGUAUAAAAACGGAUCCCAUUGGAUGGUGCUGUACGUAGACUCUGAACUGUGGACUAGACGACAAUGAUCUCGCUUGUGUUGUUCAACACGAUGGACACUGGUUGUUGAAUCUGCUGAGUCACGCAGUUCGUGAAGAUGGGAAAAUUGCCACAAAAUAUGAAUUUUUAAUUGUUUCUUGUUUUGAAAGAAUAAAAUUCAUUUACUAA